GACAGAUUUUAUUCCAAAUGCUAUCCCUGGGGAUAGCUAAAUAACGAAUGGAUACAUUGGCAAACCAUCAGCCCAGCAAGGGCCCUAUGGUAAAUAUACUUACAUGGAUUUUACAGAAUGUAUGUAUAUAUAAAUACACACACACACUGUCACACACAUGCAUACACACACGUAUUUGGAAAGUAUGCCUUCUAUUACUCGACAUUUGGUGAAGAAGAGAUGAAUACUGUUCAGUUUUUCUUUUCAUUAUUUAUAAAAGUAAAUGACCUUAAAGUAUAUGAGAAAGAUACAUGUGGCCGGGCGCGGUGGCUCACGUCCAUAAUCCCAGCACUUUGGGAGGCCGAGACGGAUGGAUCACCUGAGGUCAGGAGCUCGAGACCAACCUAGCCAACACGGUAAAACCCCAUCUCUACUAAAAAUACAAAAAUCAUCCAGGUGUGGUGGCAUGCACCUGUAAUCCCAGCUACUCGAGAGGCUGAGGCAGAAGAAUCACUUGAACCCAGCAAGCGGAGGUUGCAGUGAGCCAAGGUUGUGCCACUGCACUCCAGCCUGGGCGACAGAGUAAGACUCCUUCUCAAAAAGCAAAAAUAAAGAUACAGGUUAGACAUGUGUUAGAUGUGAUUUAUACUGUGUCAGCAUAAGCAUAUAUUUGCAUGUGUUUUUCCCUGUUAAAUGGAGGCAGAGGAACAGAAGGUUCAGGGUAGAGUUAAAAUUCCCAGGCAUGUGUGAAUGUAUUUUAGAUUUUGACAUCAGCCUGCUGUGUGGCCUUUUGCAUCUUCAUUAACUUUCCUCCAUCUCUUCAUGAUUCCUCAACUGUAAAAUGGGAUCCAAAUAGCAGAUAGAGGUUGGCAAGUUCUGCAUGAACCACUAUAUAUGGCUUCUAUAAAAGUGGAGAUUUUCACUCAUAAAAAACUUUAAGUGCCAUACUUAAUAAAAAUUUUAUGUACUGUUCUAUUUCUCUCAAGCAAAUAAAAAGAUGUCAGGUAAACAGUCAUCUGAUAUCAGUCUCAACAAGCCUCCUUCCACCCGUAUACAAAGUUGUGCAACUUUUUAAUGUAUUUGGAAAAUUACUUUACUUUGUACAUUUUGUAGUUGGAGAAACUAAGAUGAUACCGAGGAGUUCUUAUACUUUUUAGGCCUUAGAGUAGAACAGUCAGAGGAACUGAUGUUUUUGGAACUCAGAUGGAGACCCAGCUAGGGAUACUUGAUGAAACGAGAGUAUAUAGUUAAAGAUUCUUUAAGAAGAGUAUUGUAUACUCUUGUGGGGGCUUUUUACUACUUAUUCACUUUUUAGAAAUUGUUAAUUCUAAAAACUGGGAGAAAAGUAAAAAACAUUAUGUCACCAAAGUCAAAAGCUUACAGAUAUUCAUUAUCAAUAUAAAAUGUAUCAUUUUUUACUCUGUAAUUAAAUAUGACAGAUAUAUUGAAUACCAGCAAAGAGAAUAUCAUUUUAAUGAAUCCUGCAAAAUUUUAAAGAAUCAUGUAGUAUUUUUUUACCUAAUCAGAAGAAUGUGCAAUCAUGUAAAAGACCAGUAAUAUCAUAAACAAAAGAGAAUAAUCAAGAUUCAGUGACACAAUUUAUUUCAGAUUUAUUAGAAUUUUCCGGAUAACAUUAUUUAUCUACAAACUAUGUAUAUUUUAGACAGUAUGUAACAUUGUCAUCCAAAGAAACAUGGAUUCAAGUUGUAUGGGAUUCAAGUUAUAAGACUAUUAUUUACUAGCUUUGUGACCUUACAAAAAGUAUUUAAUCCCCUAGAUCCUAAGAUUCUUCAUUUUUUAAAUGGAGUAGAAAUUGAUAUUCGACUACAUUAAAACUGUAGGUCAUUUUUCUCCCAGAAUUGGCUAAGAAAAGAAACCCAAUAUAUUUAAGAAGAGCAAACAAAAUAAAUGAGACUGAUUUAUCUUUUAAAACAUUCUAGAGAAAGGGUAGAACAUUAAGUAAAAAGAGAAGAUCUAGUUAAACUGCAGAGAGAAAAAAAUAGAUUAACUUACAAUAUAUAUCAAUUAGUCUGAUAGCAGACUUCUCAAUAGCAAUAACAGAAGCCAAAAGAGAGUCAGAUAAUAUCUUGAAAAUUCUCAGAGAACAUAGCUUUUACUUUAGAAUUCAAUCUGACUAAACUGUCAUUCAAAAUGACAGUGAAAUAAAGGUAUGUUUCACAAAGUCCGACUGAGUGAAUAUGACUAAAAACCAUAUUAAAAUAACUUAAUCGCUUCUUCAUGGAGAGUUGGCCCCAGUACUCCCAAAUGUACCCUGGGAUGAGAAGCCAGGAACUGACCAAAAUCCUGUCAAAGAAAUACAAGGAACUCCCAGAGCAGAUGAAACAGAAAUAUAUUCAGGAUUUCCAGAAGGCAAAGCAAGGAUUUGAGGAAAAACUUGCUCGAUUCAAUGAAGAACACCCUGAUUUAGUCCAGAAGGCCAAGAAAUCUGGUGUCUCCAAGAGGACUCAAAACAAAGUGCAAAAGAAGGUUCAGAAAAAUAUUGAAGAAGUGAGGUCUCUUCCAAAAACGGAUCGAUUUUUCAAGAAGGUAAAAUUUCAUGGAGAGCCUCAGAAACCCCCCAUGAAUGGAUACCACAAGUUUCACCAAGAUUCCUGGUCAAGUAAAGAGCUGCAACAUUUGUCAGUGAGGGAGCGCAUGGUAGAGAUUGGCAGACGCUGGCAGCGCAUCCCGCAGAGCCAGAAGGAUCAUUUUAAGAGCCAGGCUGAGGAGCUGCAGAAGCAAUACAAGGUGAAAUUGGAUCUCUGGCUCAAGACUUUGUCACCUGAAAAUUAUGCUGCAUACAAAGAAUCGACCUAUGCUAAGGGUAAGAAUAUGGCCAUGACAGGAGGCCCGGACCCCAGGUUGAAACAAGCAGAUCCGCAGUCCUCAUCAACAAAGGGUCUGCAAGAAGGAUUUGGGGAGGGGCAAGGGCUCCAGGCUGCAGGAACAGAUUCAUCACAGACUAUUUGGGUAAACUGUCAUGUCUCCAUGGAACCAGAAGAGAACAGGAAGAAAGAUGGAGAAGAGGAAGAAAGCAGUAACUCUUCAGACUGCAGCAGUGGAGAAGAAAUGGAAGUUGAUGUCUGAGGGCAGUGGCUCUAGUGCAGCUUCCUUGUUUUUUUUUUUGUUUUUUUCUUUUCUUCCUUCCCCCCGCAAAGUAGGACAGGUUGGGAAGAAAGAAGCAACUUGGUGCAGCACUCUCCUACAUCAAGAUUACGAGCCUGGGAGGAACUCUUUGGGAAGAAUAAAUACAAGUUUGAGCCAAUACUGGCCUUAUCCUUAAAAAAACAAACAAACAAAUAUCAUCCCUUUCCCAAGGAACUUUAUGCAAUUAAGGCUUCUGAAAUGAAGAGAUGAUUACAUUAUGGGGUACACACUGUAUUAGACUGAAUAUUUCUGAAGCAAGAGGCUUUGCUUUACUCAUUUUUGUCCUGCCAAAGGUGGUAGGGGGAUACCCAUAAGCCUGGGACCCGAACUUCCCUGUGGAAAUGUUUUUAAGGACUCCUGCACUAAAUCUAGGGUCGGGGAUAUUUAUUUGAUGAAAGGUGGGGUAGGUGUCUUAAGAGAAUUGUCCCACUCUUGAUAUCUCUCUCCUUCCCUCCCUGAAGUAAGGAGUUGGCCAUUCCCAUGCCUGGGAGUAGGGAGUAAUAUUUCUACAUGUAUAUCUGACUCUUAGUUCUUGAUUAGACUUUUUUUGCUUAUUUCAAAAGAAAAAUGAAAAUACAAAAUAAAAAGUUACUGAUUUAAUCUGAAAGAGCUCCUCCACAGAAUCAUUUGUGACAUUGGGUGCAGCUUCUCUAAGUUAUAUCUGCAUUUAUUCUUGAAGCUCCAAAUUUUUCCUGCUGCUUCAAAUGCAAGUGAAUCUCACCUUUAGCAUUCAGGAUUGAUACAAAGAUAUAGAGAAAGACAGAUAUAGAUGAGUACACUAUCCUGUUUCACUAUCUGCUCUAUCUAAGAAUUCAUGCACCAGUGUCACAUUGUUUUAAUUUUUUGAUUUACUAAUAUGUUUGAAAAUCUACCUAAAGUUAGUGCCUUCUCAGUAUACCUUUAUUCUAUUAAAUAUUUCUGGCUAUUUUCAUAUUUUGUUCUCAUGAAUAUUAGCAUCACAGAACUAGUUGUAUUAUUUUUGUAUAAAAACCAUUGAAUAUUGUUUAUUUUGUCCCUAGAUAUCUUAGGAAAAUUUUACUUAUAAGUUUUUUCUAAAUAAAUAAUAAGUUUCAGAGAAUAAUGACAAUGUUUACCAUUUUUAUACCUCUAAUUUCUAAAUGUGUUGGAUUAAAAUAUCCAGAAGAAUGUUAAAUAAUAAGAAUAAUCUGUUCUUGGAUUGCUUCUGACUUUUAACCUAAUGCUUACAGAAUUUAAAAUCAUGAAAAUUAUGCUGAUGUGUACAUUUGAAAUAAAUUAUUAAAAAUAAAAAAAAGAAUAAACUUCAAAAAAAAGGAAAUUAAACUAGAAUAAGAUAUUAAGAACAGUGAUGAAUUUUAAAAACUCAUUACAUGUACCAGUAAAUUUAAUAAAAACAAAAAACAAAACAGACUUCUAGUUUCAGUUUUGACAUGUAGAGCUUGGAAGUCAUCACUCCUGUCCUAAAAUCAAGCAAAAGCGGAGCAAACCAAAAUUCAAUCAUGGAUUUAUCCAUGCAGAACUGAGACUGCAGAGCAAACUACCACCCAAACCUGGAAAGAGAGACUAAUGCUUAAAAUAAUAGCCAAGAUUUGCUUAUCGGGAACAGAAACCACUAUUGACAUAAAUGGUUAGGAAUUACCAUUUAAAUAACUGUGAUUAAUUGCUAGAGGAAGAUUGUGAACUAGCAUAAGGAUGAGGUAACUCCCCAUGAUUUUGGUCUUGGAAGAAUCCAGUUACUUUUGUGGGUUUUACCUUGAGGAAUUCCAUUAUUUUUACAAUGCAGAUCCCAGAAAGAUACUUCACGGCUUUGCAGGGAAUGAGGGUGGGUGGUUAUACUUAAUGGUAAGAAACUGUUAUGUGUUCCCCUAAGACUGGGAUCAAGGCAAUAAUGUCAUCUGUCCUCAUUACUAUUCAACAUCAUACUGAAAGUCCUAGCCAAUGCAAUAAGAUGAUACAGGAAAUAAAAGACAUACAUAUUGGAAAGAGAGAAAAAGAAAUUUUAACUAUAGCUAUUCAAAGGUAACAUGAUUUUUCCUGGAAAAAAUUCCAAUUAAAUAAUGGACAUACACACACACAAACAUCCUAGGGCUAAUAUAAGCAAGGUCACAUAAGACAAAGUUAAUAUACACAAGUCAUUUGUUUUCAUGUAUGCCAAUAAUGAAUAAUUGAAAUUGGAAAUUAAAUAAACAAUACCAUUUACAAUAGCCCUCUCUGCCCCUCUCAUUUAUACCUAAGAUAAAAUACUUAGGUAUAAAUCUAACUAAAUAUAUAUACAAUCUGUAAAUGAACAAUAUAGAAAGACAUUUUUAAAAAAUCUAAACAAAUGGGAACAUAUUUCACAUUAAUGGACUAGAAGACUCAGUAUUAUUUAAAUGCUAAUUCUUCCAAAUUGAUCUAUAGAUUUAAUAAAAUCUUUCAGCAAGGGAUUUGGUAGAUAUUGACAAAUAUAUUCUAAAAUUUAUAUGGAAAGACAAAAAACCUAGAAUAGCUAACAUGAUGCCAAAAAGCAAAGUUAGAGUACUCAAACUACCCAAUUUCUAGACAUUGUAUAAAAAUACAGUUAUUAGACAGCAUGAUAUUGGUUGAAAGAACCAACAUCAGUGGAAUAGAAUAACAUCCAAAAAUAGACCCACACAAUUAUAGUCAACUGGCCUUUGACAAAAGAAUAACAGCAAUUCAAUAGAAAAAUUAUAGUCAUUUUAACCAUUAGUACUGGAAAAAUUGGAUGUCCAUAUGCAAAGUAAUGAUAAUAAUAAUACAGAUAAAGACCUAACACCUUUUACAGAAAUAAGCUCAAAGUGGAUCAUAUAGUUAAUGUAAUAUACAAAACGAUAAAACUUGAAAACAUAGGAGAAAAUUUAUGGGAGUUUGGGUUAGAUGAUGAGUUCUUACAAACAGUAUCGAUAGCAUAAUAAUCCAUGAACAAUUAAAUUAAUAUGUUGGACUUCAUUAAAAUAAAAAAACUUUUGCUCUGCAAAUACAUUGUUAAGAGAAUAAAAAAACAAGCUACUGAAAAACAUUAUUUGCAAACAUAUAUCUGAUAAAGACCUUAGAUCUGAAAUAUACAAAGAAUGCAUAAAACUGACCAAUAAUAAAACAACCCAAUUAAAAAAAAAAACAGGCAAAAGAUCUAUACAGAUGUCUCACCAAAAAAGGUCCAUAGAUAGCAAGUAAACGUAUAAGUAGAUGUUCAACAUCAUUUGUCAUUGAGAAAUUACUAAUUAAAACAACUAGAUACUAUGUACAUAUGAGAAUGGUUAAAAUUCAAAAAUCAAAAACACACAUUGCUGGCUACGAUGUAAUGCGAUGGAAACUCUCAUUUAUUGUUGGUAGGAAUGCAAAAUGGUAUAGCCACUAUGGAAGACACUUGAACAGUUUUUUACAAAGUAAAACAUAUUCUUACCAUGUCAUCUAGCAAUUGUGCUUCUUCGUAUUUAUCCAACUAAUUUGAAAGUGUCUACACAAAAACCUGGACAUGAAUGUUUUGGCAUCUUUAUCUAUUAUUGCCAAAAACUGGAAACAACUAAAAUGUCCUUCUACAGAUGAAUGGAUAAAGCAACUGCGAUGCAUCCAUACAAUGUGAUAUCAUUCAGCAGUACAAAUAAAUGUGCUAAUAAGUCACAGACUAACAUAGAUGAAUCUUAAAUAUUAUUAGUGAGUCAAAGAAGCCAGCCUCAAAAGGCUGUUCUUCCAAUUAUCUGACGUUCUGGAAAAAGCAAAACUAUGUGGCCAGUAAAAAUAUCAAUGGUUGUGAGAGGUUCCAGGGUAGGAAAUGAGAGCUGAAGUUGUGAAACACAUGAGAUGUUUUAGAUCUGUGAAACCUAAUACUGUAAUCAUAGGUACGUGACUCAUUUGUUAAAACCAAUAGAACUUUACAGUCCAAAGAAUAAAGCCUAAUGCAUGUGAAUUUUUAAAAAUGUACAUGUGUAAGGUUGUGAUAUACCUUGAUACACUGUAGAAUGUGACAAAACAAUCUAACUGUAUUACAAAUGUAUGAACCAACCUCACUGAAGGGUAUUUGGGAAAAAGUUGUUGAGCUAAGUAAAUUUGGGAAUAAGUAGGAUAUUCAAGAUUAAAAGCAAAAGAAACUAUACAUAAAUAUUGUACUCUAAUUGAUAAAGAGGUUUUUCAUGAGGGUGUGGGUUAAUUCUGAUACUGCUACCCACAUCUACUGAGACAUUGAAAAUUCCGUAAAUAGAAGGCAGAUUGUAGGAGCCAGAUUUCUUAUUGCUGGAAUGCAAGUUUACAGAUAAUCAAGGGACAAAGACUAGAAUGAUCCAUGUGGUAAUGCGCUAGAGUUGGAGACAUCAGGAUUAACUCAUGUUUAAAUGAACUUAUAGAGAUAUAGAUAGUUACAUAUAGAUGUAUGUGUAGAUAUGCGGGUUAUUAGACACACAUACAUUUAUCUAUUCUGUCAGCUGAGAGGACAUAGAAGCAAAGAAUAUCUUAGUAGCAAUGAGCACACACAGCAUCCAGAUCUUGUUUUUUUUUUUAUACCAUUCUACAGAAAAAGUAACCAGAGACUUUUGAAGAAAUAACUGAUUCUAGGACUGGGAAAGAAAGGGCAAGAUAAUCCCAGAGUAUCUUGCAGUGACAGAAAAUAAGCAAGUGUGAAAAAGAAAUACACACCAAUAUAUGAAUAACUUUGGGAGGCUGAGGCAGGUGGAUCACUUGAGAUCAGGAGUUUGAGACAAGACUGGACAAUAUGGUGAAACCCCGUCUCUACUAAAAAUACAAAAAUUAGCUAGGCAUGGUGGCACAUGCUGGUGGUCCCAGCUACUCAGGAGGCUGAGGCAGGAGAAUCGCUGGAACCCGGGAGGCAGAGGUUGCGCUGAGCUGAGAUUGCGCCACUGCACUCCAGCCAGGGCAGACAGAGCAAGACUCCCUUAAAAAAAAAAGAAAAAAAAGAAUAAAUACAGAAGUCAGGGAAAAGAGACAAAUCUGCUUGCAGAAGACUUUGAAAUAGUUUAUACUGCUAUUCCACUCUCAGAGAGGUGGAGCAUAAUUCCCUAUUCCUUAUGUGAGGGUUGCACAUAUUGACUUACUUCCAAAGAGUACAGUGUAGAAAACAGGAGGAGGAAAGGGUAAUUUUUCAAUGGAGAAACAUUACCUUAUAUAGGUGAUCAAAGUUAACAUCAAGAGUGAUAAAUUGGCCUGGAGCAGUGGCUCACGCCUGUAAUCCUAACACUUUGGGAGGCCGAGGAGAGUGGAUCACCUGAGGUUAGGAGUUCAAGACCAGCCUGACCAACAUGGAGA